AGGCCACAUGGAAAAAAAAAUGACAAAUGUGCACAUGACAUAGCCUGGCAAAUCUCCAAUGAAUUAAAAAAAGGGAAGGACCAGUCAACUGCUAGUUUAUUCAAACAGCAAGUAGCAGAGGUUAGCGCAGCAAUCCAGGAGUCUUUAAAACAGAAGACCUCAGUUAUCUAAUACAGCAUUAAUACAUAAAUGCUUUGACUGUAACAAGUCUGGAACAUUAAGCUACAAUAUGAAGUUUGUUGUGGUCAUCAUAUAUGCACUAAUUGCAGUAAGGAGCAUUCCGUCAGACACAUUGCAUCUGCAAGUGAUUGUCCAAGGGGAGGCAGAGCUACCGUGCAGGCUCCCCGAUCAACAAAAUGUCUCAAGUGAAGACUACGUGAUGUAUAUACAAAAAAUGAAAUCUGUGGUGUUUGAACUGUAUAAAGGGAAAGAGAAGACAGAGCAUCAAGACAACCAGUUUAACAACCGCACCUGGCUGGAUUCAGCAGGAGGAUCUGUCUGGCUCAGUGAUAUCAGGACAGCAGAUGAAGGACUGUACGAGUGCUUCAUUCUAAAAUCAGGAUCUCUUCUGAGCUCACAGAUCCAGUUAAGUGUUGUUGCUAACUUCAGUGUUCCAGAUAUAUCUCUGUCAGCCACAGGCCCUGUUAACUAUGGAGAUGUAGUGAACUUAACCUGCACAUCCAACAACGGUUAUCCAAAUGCAUCGUUACAUUGGAUUGUGAAUACUGAAAACCCCAUUGUGCAAGAUUAUUUCAGUGUUACAUCUGAUUGGAUCCAAGACCCUGUAACAAAAUUGUUCAAUCUUACCAGUAUUUUAAAUAUCAACGUCACAACUGACUUAGUUAUACUCUGUUCUCUAUACAACAGCACUCUGAACAGCAGUUUAUUAUCUUUAGAAUUAAGGGAUAUAGAACACCCUUCUCCGACACACAGCCGAUCUCAUGUUUUCGGAGUUGCUGCUGCGAUCACUGUGAUUGUGCUUGUUAUUGUGCUGCUGCUGCUAAAGAUGAAAUGUCCAUAGAAAGAUGUGAAAAGCAAUGAAGAAUGUGACUAUUUGCCUUAUUACUGAGUAUCAAGUCCCUGCACAACAAGAGGAUUACAUACUUCAGGACUAGAUGACCUGCUGUAUUGACAACACAGGAUCAUUCAAAAAAGUUCAAGGGGACUACAGAUAGAUGUUUGUAUUGAUGUUUCUAAUGAAUAGGAAAGCACUAGUCAGAAGAACACAAACACUGGGGACAUUUCCAAAAGCUACUUUAAGCUAAGCAAUGUUGUGAACAUACAAUGUUUGCUUUACAAAGAAAGGCUGCUUUGAAUCGUCAGCAACGCUGCACUUUAAUAGAAGUGACUUCAAAUAGGAAACAAGGGAUACCUGGAAAACAAAUAUUUCUUAAUAUAUCUAAAGCAACUGCACCUCACUGAAAAUCUGAAAAGUACUACUGAAAACCAAUUUAACUGUCAAAGUACUGUUCUGUAAAUCCUGUAAAGUAUUUUUAGUACUAACAGUAUUUUUUUUAC